GGGACACAUAGAUCGACACAUUGUAGCAGCUGCAAAUUGAGGAGGGAGAGAUUUCUCCACCCAGCCGGACGUCCGUUCAUUUAUUUAUUUAUUUUUGUUGUUUACUUUAUUUCUGCCCCGAUUACAUAUUUUAAUCAUAGUUGUUGGAAUCUGGUUCGGUGUAGUUCCAAACACGUUUAGCUAGUUAACUUAAGAGCUAAACAACGAAGAACGCCGACGACAGAUUCGUGAGUACAGCAAAGCUCUAGCUUCGACGGGUUUUUGAGUUGUCAACGAGUGAUUUACGGGUUUGUUUUAUCUUUGUGGAAGACACUGUAAACUAAACGUCGGGAACAAACGUGCCCUCAGAACAAUAAGCUUUUUCGGUCUUGUUGAUUUAACUCUGUAGAUACAUAGCUAGCUGUUUUACAAAAGCAACGGGAUAUUUAUUUAGCCAGGUCGUAGCUGAAUAUGGCUCAACAUGGACAUCAUCAUGUAGCGAGUUCCCAAAAGGCAUUAAUGCUUGAAAUGAAAAGUCUUCAAGAAGAGCCAGUUGAAGGUUUCAAAAUAACUUUGGUGGACGAAUCGGACUUGUAUAACUGGGAAGUAGCAAUCUUUGGACCUCCAAAUACCCACUACGAAGGGGGUUAUUUUAAGGCCCGGAUCAAGUUCCCCAUCGACUACCCCUACUCUCCCCCGGCCUUCCGAUUCCUCACCAAAAUGUGGCACCCCAACAUUUACGAGAACGGGGACGUGUGCAUCUCCAUCCUCCACCCCCCCGUGGACGACCCCCAGAGCGGGGAGCUGCCCUCUGAGAGAUGGAACCCCACACAGAACGUCAGGACGAUUCUGCUGAGCGUGAUUUCUCUGCUCAACGAGCCCAACACCUUCUCUCCCGCCAACGUGGACGCCUCCGUCAUGUACCGCAAGUGGAGGGACAGCAAGGGCAAGGACCGCGAAUACGCCGAGAUCAUCAGGAAACAGGUGCUGGCCACCAAAGCGGAGGCGGAGCGGGACGGGGUGAAGGUGCCCACCACCCUGGCGGAGUACUGCGUCCGAACCCGGGCCCCGCCCACCGACGAGGGCUCCAACCUCUUCUACGACGAUUACUAUGACGACGAGGACCUGGAGGAGGAGGACGAGGACGAGGACGGGGACUGCUGCUAUGACGACGAGGACGACUCGGGGACGGAGGAGUCCUGACGCCCUACUCCGCCCCCCUCUUCCUCCUCCCCCCGAAGCCCCCCCCCGCCACACCCUUCGGCCACGCCCUCCCCCCGAACUGAACUAUUUGCGCCCUCUCUGCGGACCCGCACAGACCUCCUCCGCCGACCACGCCCGCUUCUUUAGACCACGCCCACUUCACAGAAAGACCACAGAGUUUAAUUCCAUUCUUCCCCAUUUUUUAAUUUCUGUUUUAAAUGCGUUUAUGUGCCGCCCCUUUGGCUCCUCAGCUACUUACGAUGUAUAACACAAACGGCUACCUACACACACACAUGCACACACACUCACACGCAUACACUCACACAGACACACACACACACACAUGCACACACACUCUCAGACACACACACACUCACACACUCGCAGACACGCACACAUGCACACACACUCUCAGACACACACACACACACAUGCACACACGCUCUCAGACACACAUACACACACACACUCGCAGACACGCACACAUGCACACACACUCUCAGACACACACACACACACACAUGCACACACACUCGCAGACACACAUACACAAACACGCUCUCAGACACACAUACACACACUCACACAGACGCACACACGCACACACACACAUAUUAAGGCCCACCUGGUUUCUUUUAUCAUUUACACAUUUUGGCUCUUUUGAAGGAGUUGAAGGAACAAAGGCUUGGACUGCGAUGGACUGUGAAUGAAUGAGUGUGUGUGUGUGUGUGUGUGUCUAUGGGUGUGUCUAUGUGUGCGUGUAUUUCUGUCUGCGUGUCUGUGUGUUUGCGUGUUUGUGGGUGUGUCUGUGUGUUUGUGUUUGUGAGUGUGUCUGUGUGUGUGUGUGUGUUUAUCUGUGGGUGUAUCUGUGUGUGAGAGAGUGUGUGUGUAUGCGUGUGUGUGUGCUCGCGCGUGUGGGUUAGUGAGCCACUAGAUCACCACAGAUCACAGCUCUUUGCGUGCAUUUGAAGUCUCUGUUGCUUCUGUCCUACACCUGGAUUGGUCCAUGGAGUCCCCUGCUCUAACGCUGUAUUUCUCACUUACAGUUAAAGGACGUGUACUGCAGCGACCAAAUCGGUUCUCAGCAUUGGCUGGUUGUGAAAAUGGAGGCUGGUAAUGUUUCGGAACGUGAACGUGCUUUUCUGUCUCCGCUCGAUAAGCGAGCUCGUCCUCCUGCCGUUUCUCUCAGCUGAGGGGUGAACGUAGCCAGUGAUUUACUGUCCAUUUGUCCCCACGCAGUUGGGAUGGUUCCGGAAGCUUACUCUGAUUUUUUUUUUUGUGUCUCAGUUCAGUUCACUGGUGAACCAGUCCAAACAGUGGCCAUGCCAGUUAUCCAGUCAUAAAACACUUCAGUUGGGUGUACAUCUGUGACCUCGUAGUCGUGCUGGUAAAUCUUGGUAAAGCAUUUGUAGUGAGAUUUUAAAAAAAUAAUAAUUCCCAGGGUAACAAAUACAGGUUUGCAGGACAGGCUAACCGCUAUCAGCUAAAACUGGAGCUCCACUUCAAGCUUAUCUCUUAUGGCUUCUUCUCAAGCGUACUUUUUUUAGGGCUUCUUUAAGUGAACUCCUCCUUUAAUCAUGUUGUGUUUUAAUGUGAACUGUCCGGCAGACGUAAGCUACGGCAGUAUAGCCGGGCUCUGGUGUGGUGACCUCACAGUGACCUCAAACUGCAGACGGUUUCGGGCAGUGCGCUGGCGUGGGGCGUUGGUUAGCGGGGCGUGCGGACGUCCAGGAGCACAGACGGUUGGCCUGCACCCGGUCGGUCGGUGCGUGGGGUUCACCUCCUAAACUUCGCCUUUCUGUGGUAACCUGGUUCAUUUAGUCUCACACACCUGGUACUGUGGAUCAACAUGGCUCCCUCUUUCCCCCCUCCUGAUACCUGGGGGCACUCAAAUCUCAACUAACCAGCUUGGCCGUUUCUCAUCCAGCCUGGAACAGUUACAGUUCAAAUGCAGUAUUCAAAAAGAAACAAACAAACAAACAAAAAAAAGAACACGUACUCUUUAAUUCCUUGUUGGCAAUAACAGUGUGUGGUAAUUGUUUCAGAAGAAGCAGAGGGAGAACGGUGGGGUAACGGAAGGAAUCGUUCGGCCUGUGAAUGACUAAUUGGGGUUGGGUUGGGAGGGGCGGGGAGGGGAGGCUGGGUUACUGUACUCCAGUAGGGAUGAAAGCAGCGCGUGGCGUUAGCCUGCUAGCCUGUUGUCCACUUAUUAGUAUUAAUGGUAUUGGACCUGAUGCGUAAGCCCGGUUUUAUGUGAUACGCGGGGAUGUGAAAUGAUGAUUUCUCCCGUUCGGAACGAAGGACAAAAAGGAUUUCCGUUUAUCUUCUGGCUCGCCCCCGGUCACUUCACCGUCGUUCUGUUCGUGACACGGGCUUGAGCGAGCAAAUAAAGUUUUUUUUUUUUUUUUAAGCAAAAAAGGGUCUUUUUUAGCUCUCUGGCUUAUCGUGAGAAGCCCUUUCAUUUUUGGCGUAAUCGUAGUACUCUCCUCUUGGAUAUCUGGGAUUUUUUUUAAAAACGAUUUUUUUGUGAAACUGCAGGUUGAUCAUUUACUCUCUAUUUUAUUAUUAUUAUUUUUUUUCGCCCAUCCUCUUUAAAAAAAAAAAAAAGGAGCGUUCGGUGGCAGAUUCAGAGGGAUCUUAAGCUAUGAUCUUUGGAAGCUAAAACCUCAGGACAAAAAACAAAAGACGAAACCAGUUCGUUUCUUUCUCUCUCUCUUUUUCCCCCCUCCCUCAUCAGGUCGUCUCAAGCAAGCUGGUCCCCAUCACCUCCGCUUCAGACUGUUUACAAUCUUUGCCCUAAUAUUGAUAUUGAUAUUGCCAUUGAUAUUGAUAUUGAUAUGCACAUGUGGAGAUUUUGACCAUCACUUGAUGUAUUUUGGUUUUUUUUUUCUCUUUGUAUUUUUUUUUUUUCUUUUUCUUAUGGUUUGUAAAUCUAUUUAAAACUUAAAAAUAAAGAUCUUUAUCUAAUA